AUGUUUCUUAUUGUGAUUCUUUCUAUUCAUCGGGUUGUACUCUCAGUAAUUGUCCACGGACUCACUCCUAACUUGUAUACUAUGAAUUCCGGACUUGAGCCUUACUGUACAACGAUUCCCGAAUUCAUCGAGGUUUUGGACAACUUCGGGACGGCCAACAUGACGUUGUAUAAUUUGAUCAAAGAAACUGAGGUGUUCAUAAACUGCUCCCCUCCUAAAAAGAAAAGUAUGGUUGAAAAAUACCGUCGUUUUCAUAUCUGGGUCGAAGAAGAAAUCGAUAUAUUACAUGAAAAUCUUGAUAUCGCAACGAAAAAUGGCAAGGACGAAGUGAUCGAAUUCAAUGUUACUAUAUUCGAUAUUUGGAACCGCGUUCUUCAGCGGCUUUCCAAGAAAUUUGAGACAGAUCAGAGGGAUUUCUCACAUCUUUAUCUUUUUCAGCGAUUCGUAGCUCACUCCGAAGCAAUGAAGGUGGCGCUUCCAUUGAUCUCCAACGCUAUCUUUAUAAUGAUGCAUGGAGUAUAUGGAACGCAAUUCAUUGUUUACCCUGACGUCGAUGAAAUGGACAUAAAAGCGAACAAAUUUUAUGAGGAAACUGGAAAACGCUUUCAUGAAAAAAAAAUGUUGCAAGUAGACAGAGGAACGGAAGAAGUAAUGAAAUACAUCACCGAUCCAGAGAAGAAGAAAAUUAUAGAAACGAAAUACCAGGCUUCCAAGCAAAAGUAUGAAGACAAAAUGUACUACUUCUUGCUCUGUAGACAGUGGCCCAGAUACGUGUUAAAAGUCGAAACUUUUCAUCGGAGGGAGCUUCUAAUGCCAAAACAAUUGGUCCUGCACGUAGCGGAUGACUCUGAUGCUGAAAUUGAUGUUGUCAAUGUUGACGAAGAUGAUGAGAGACUUCCCAUUCAUAUUCGAAUGAAUCCACUUGGAUACAAUCACGACGAAAGUGAUUCUGAUCAAUCUGGAUAUUACGACGACUAUGAGGAACCCGAUAAUGUUGAAUCCAAUGGAGAUGUGAAGCAGUUGGAGACAGAUGUUAAUCAAGACCGACAAGAGGCAUCAGCACAGAAAGAAAACGAAGAUUGCAUUCCCAGACCAACGCACGACGAAUUCUUAUCAUCUUCGCAAUCAUCAGCAAAUCGAAUUCCAGAACCGAGAAAGAAUAAUUCAACAAAGAUGAUUCCAUCCCUUCAAAAUCCAGUUCCUCGACAGUUGUUGUAUGUUCAUGGCCCGAUAUCUCAAGAAGAGCCGGGUAGUGAACAAUCUCAAUCAAAAUACUUGGAAAAAAAAUGUAAAGCGGAGAAAGAUGAACAAAAACAAGACAUGAUCUGUCAUGAGAAGCUUGCUCAGAGAACUCUUAACGAAGAAUCGUUAGAAGCUCUAGAAAAUCCUGGAAGACUCAAGAAAGCACCGGGAAGUCCAAAAGAAAAUUCUACUUUAUAUGGCAAGUUUGACUGCGAAAAUAACCAAAAUAUUUUUGGAACUUCAGAAUCGGAAGGAGGAGAAAAUGAUCCGACAAAAAAUAAAUCAGCUGAAUCUGUCGAUGGAGGCUCUGAACAAACAAAUGAGCCGGCAAAUUCAAACUCAAAACGAGCUUAUAAGGAGUCCGAAUCAUCCGAAAAAUCGACUAAUAAGACAUCAAGCUCUUCCACAAAAGCAACUGAAUUUUCAGAGGUAUCAAAUAACCAACAACAGUCGACACAAUCAUCUGGCUCUGGGAUUCCGAAUUCUGCACCAGGGCAAACACAUGAAACUCCGAAGCCUCCAGAAAAAACUAGAAAUAACGAUUUCAAAUCAAUGAAAAAUCCAAGCGUGAAUCUGGUUCAUAAGUCAUCUUCGCUCCCGAAUCUAACACCAAAAGAUCAGACUGAUUUGAAAAAAGGCGCAUCCAUUACAAAAAACUCUUCUUCAUCCAACUCUCUGGAAAGUGAUGUUAAGCAAAAAAGCAUCAGUGGAACGCCUCCUCUCAACUACGACAUUGGAACACCCCAGUCGUUCCAUUCAACUUCGAGCAUGGGAAGUAACCCAGCGUCACCGGAACAUCUUGAAGCUCCACCAUCUAUUCAAACACUUCAAACUUCAGGGAGCAGGGACUCAGCACCAUUAGAUGAAACGAAGGAAAAGAAAAAAUCUGUUGAUUUGUCUUUAGAAAAAACUUAUGAAUUAGUCGAUCAAGAAAAAAUAACUCCAAGUCUCAAAUUACAAUCCAACAGAGAAGACAGACAACCGAAAAAAAACAGAAAACUGCUCAAUAUCGUCCUGCAACAAGCAACUGAUGCGUACCGUUUAGCCUGUGAAACGUAUUCUGAGGAAGGUCGAGCACGUUUCGAGAAGCUAACUAUCGUUCUCCAUCACAAUGAGAACGCUAACAUCAACUUUGUGCCGUAA